UUUAAAUAUAAUAAAAACACCGAUCAAUAAACUCCAAGCACUCGCAAGUAUUCACACAUAAAAUAAAAAUGCCAAACCUUUGGACAGCUCUUACCAGACGAAAAACGGAUGAUGUUGUGGAAAACGAGUCGAAAUUGGCGCGUGUUCUCAAUCUAUUCGAUCUUACUGCGCUCGGUGUGGGAAGCACGCUCGGUCUGGGCGUAUACGUGCUAGCCGGUUCAGUUGCAUACAACAUAGCUGGUCCUGCCGUAACCAUAUCAUUUCUCAUUGCUGCUAUUGCGUCUGCCUUUGCUGGUAUUUGUUAUGCCGAAUUUGCAGCGCGUGUUCCGAAAGCAGGUUCGGCGUAUGUUUACAGUUAUGUAACAAUUGGCGAAUUUGUGGCAUUCACCAUUGGCUGGAAUCUGAUAUUGGAGUAUGUAAUUGGCACCGCUAGUGUUGCUCGCGGGCUGAGUGGAUACUUCGAUGCGCUGAUCAACAAAGCUAUGUCUACUGCGCUGGAAGAAGCUUUACCUAUCAAUGUGAAUUUCUUGGCGGAUUAUCCCGAUUUUCUGGCAUUCGGUGUGAUACUGCUGCUGGCGGCAGUACUUGCAUUCGGUGUAAAAGAAUCUAGUUUCUUGAAUAAUAUAUUCACAGCAGUAAAUAUGAUUACGAUUGGAAUAGUCCUAGUUGCUGGUGCUAUAAAUGCUGAUCCUUCGAAUUGGACGAUACCAAAAGAUCAGCUUCCUAGUGGUACGGAGAAUUUCGGUAAUGGUGGAUUUAUGCCCUUUGGUAUCGCUGGCAUUAUGGCAGGGGCGGCAAAAUGUUUCUUCGGAUUUGUAGGCUUCGAUUGUAUAGCCACUACCGGAGAGGAAGCAAUAAAUCCCAAACGUAAUAUUCCCCUUGCCGUGGUUAUUUCAUUGAUCAUUAUAUUCUUAUCUUACUUUGGUAUUUCCACGGUACUUACGAUGAUGGUGCCUUAUUAUAAUCUGGAUAGAAACGCUCCGUUCCCUAAAGCUUUCGAUGAAAUUGAAUGGUACACUAUCAAAUGGAUUGUCACAAUUGGUGCAGUUUUUGCCCUGACGACUAGUUUGUUGGGUGCUAUGUUCCCUCUGCCUCGUGUGCUCUAUGCCAUGGGAAAUGAUGGCAUCCUUUUCAAAUCGUUUUCAAAAGUACACAACUAUACUCAAACACCUCUAUUGGCUACUGCCAUAUCUGGAAUUUUUGCUGCUGUGAUGGCGCUAAUUUUCAACUUGGAACAAUUAAUUGAUAUGAUGUCCAUUGGCACACUACUUGCUUACACGAUAGUUGCGAUUUGUGUUCUCGUACUCCGUUACCAAGAUGAAGACAUGGAUAUGAAGACAGUUUCCCUCCGGUGUCCAGCAGUUAUUCGCCAAUUCUUUAACGGCAACUCUUAUCGUGAACCAAAUGUGCUAACGUCGCGCAUCACAAAAAUCGGUAUUGUAGUCUUUGCUGUUAUUUGCAUCAUUUGGGAUGGGAUAGAAAGCUUCUAUGGAGUUGAGUCCACUACCGGCACAGUAACGUUGAGCAUAAUCGGAGUAGUGCUCAUACUGAUCACGAUCAUCAUUGGCAUGCAACCGGUCUCCGGUCUAGAGUUGACUUUCAAAGUGCCACUCGUGCCAUUCAUACCCUGUCUUAGCGUGUUCGUGAAUAUCUUCUUGAUGUUCCAGCUGGACCAACAAACAUGGAUACGCUUCCUUGUAUGGGUGUGUAUUGGCUAUGCGAUUUAUUUCUGCUAUGGCCUUCGCAACUCUACACAAGUUACCAGAACCGAGAAUCAUGCGCAAGCGGCGAUAAGAAUGCAACACACAAAUCAGGCAUUCGAGCCGGAUUGGAAGGUGGAAAAUGGAGUUAAUGGUGUUCAUGGAAUCGCGGAAAAACAUUAGAAGUUUCGCCAAGAAGGAAGUAUGAAUUAGACAAUGUGAAUUGUAAAUAAAUUGCAAUAGGAUAUUAUACAUAUUAUAAAGCUUUCGGAAAAAAAAUCGAAAAAUAUAUAUACAUAUAGAAACAUCGAACCCUAAUCGCCAAAAGAUAUAAGCGAUAUUUUUUUAAAUCUUUUUUUGAUGCAGGAAUGCACCUAGAUGCUCGAGGAACAUUUAUGCAUCGAAGAGAAAAUUUAGAAAAAAAUGUCGCCUACAUCUUUUUUGCGGUUAAGGCUCGACAUGUUGAAUAAGUUGAGAUGCCACAGCUUCGGCAAGUCAUGUGCCUAGAUUCUGGGCAAAGAAAGCCGGUUUAAGUCUGUUGGUGCCUUCUGCAACUUGAAAAAUGCUUGCAAAUGUGUACACAUAAAAAUUGCUUUAAAAAUUGUACUCACUAAUGUUAUUGAUUAAUCGUGCUUUAGAGUAAAAAUGACAAUAUUUACUUCAAAAAGUGGUUAAUUUUAAUAUAGGCAGAAUUUUUCGAAGAGCUGUGUUAUGUACAUAAAUACUACUGUAGUUCCAUCUGUCCAAUCAUCAUCUUAUACUAAAUGAAAGUAUUUGUCAAACAGUUUUAGCUAUACAUAUUCAAAUUUUAUAUACUGUACAAAUAAUUUUUAAUAUUUUUUUAGUUUUUACGUUCUUAUUAUUUGUUUCUUUCUAUGUUUAUUCGCCUUUUCCACACUUUUUUUCUUCUUUGCUACCAUUUUAACUGUAUGUAUUAUCAUUUUAACUUUAUGUAUUUUAAACUAUUUUUGUAAUAGCUUAUUUACUAGUUCUUUCCAUAAAUGAUUUUGAUGAUAGCCUACAAAAGUGCGAGAGAGAUAAAUAGAUUGCACAUAAAAACUAAACGUUGUUCGCAGCUGUCAAAUAUCUUUAAAGUGGUUCACACUUUGCUGUACAAAAUAUUUAAUUUUAUCUUAAUAUUGUUAAUAAUUUCGCUAAUGUGAGGUUUUAAAUUUAAAUAUUAAAAAAAUUAAAUAAUUGACUGCCAAAAUUCACGCGUUGUUUUUAUGCGCCCCGUCCACUGUGCAACUUUAUUUUUCUGUUUUUACAAUUUACAUACAUACAUAUAUUAUUUUACGUUAACAUUAGGCGUGGUUUUUUACACGUAUACGUAUCUGCGCUUAAAAAUUGUAUGGAGCUCUAAGCGACAAACUUUAUGUGCGCUUAGAAUAGUUGUCGAUAAAAUCAAAGUUAUCUACUUGUUUUGAAAUGGAAAUUGUCGAUGAUUGUUUUUUACACGUUAAGCGUAGAUGUAUAUACGUGUAAAAAAACACGGCUAUUUUCUUCUAAACGAAAUUAAUAGGUUUUAUGAUCACCCGACUUUUUGUGAUAUUGUUAAUACAUACACACAUACUAUUGUAUUUAAUUAUAUGUAGUUCUUACCACUUUUUGUCGCAAAAGUUUUGUAAAUAAGUUAAGUCAUUUCAAUAAAUAACUAAAUAAGAAAACUAAAUAAAAGUAUAACACUGAAAGAAGGAAA